AUAGACGGCGCAGAAUUCUAUUUACAACAUGGCGGACGAAGAGGCGACUUGGGAUUUUUUAUCCCAUGAAAGUGCCUCCUCUCCACUCCCCGAAAGCCCGCAAGAAGCAUCUUACAUUCCAGUGAGAGUACUUGGAAAGGGUGCAUUUGGAGAAGCAGUGCUCUAUAGGAAAACUGAGGAUAAUUCUCUUGUUGUAUGGAAGGAAGUUGACCUAGCAAAGUUGUCUGAGAAGGAACGACGAGAUGCGCAAACUGAAAUUGACAUCCUGUCUUUACUAAAUCAUUCCAAUGUUAUCACAUACUACAACCAUUUUCUUGAUGGAGAAAUGCUUCUUAUUGAAAUGGAAUAUGCAAACGGUGGUAAUCUGUACCAAAAGAUCAAUGCCCAACAGACAAAGCUUUUUGAUGAAGAGACAGUGAUAUGGUACUACUUCCAGCUAGCUUCUGCUAUUGUCCACAUACACCAGUAUGGCAUUCUACACAGGGAUAUCAAAACAUUGAAUAUCUUCCUGACUAAGUCACAGCUGAUCAAACUCGGGGACUUUGGGAUCUCAAAGAUGCUGGAAACACAGAACGAAAUGGCAGAAUCGUAUGUUGGGACACCAUAUUACAUGUCACCAGAGCUUAUUAGAGGGGAUCAAUACAACCAGAAGAGUGAUAUCUGGGCAUCCGGUUGUGUCCUGUAUGAGCUGUUAACCCUCACUAAAACAUUUGAUGCCACAAAUCCUUUGAAGCUAGCAAAUGAAAUUGUUGGUGGCCAUUUUGAAGAAAUCGAUCCCAGAUAUUCCAAUGAAAUGAGAGAUCUUGUUCAUUGUGUUCUUGACAAGGAUCCAACUAAAAGACCAACUGCGGAAGAAAUAUUGAAAAGUCUCAUAUUUGAAAAGUGUGCUACAGCCAUCAAUAUGAAAGUUACAGAAUUGAACACUGGUGCGAAGAGAAAACGUAUGGUUUCAGAGGCUUCUAUAUUGGAGACAAUUCCAGUUGUGAAGGCCAAGCAAAGUGAAGUUCACCUCUGGGGAGGUGGUAAGACCACACCGCAAAAGUUGGAGAUGUUUAAAGAGGGGAAAGGAGCAUUACAGGUUGCAGCUGGUCACUCUCACUUUGCUGUUGUUACAGUUGAGAAAGAGCUCUAUACAUGGGCUGGCACACAAGGUGGUACCCAACUUGUAGGCCAACUAGGUCAUGGCGACACUGCCUUAUAUAGGGUACCAAAGAAAGUUCAGAGCCUCGAUGGUGUGGAGCAGGUCGGUUGUGGUGAGGAGUUUACUGUCUGCAGGACAGAUGAUGGUGAACUAUAUUCAUGCGGGUCCAACUACUAUGGCUGCUUGGGCCUCGGUGAAGAUGAACAAGAUGAUGUCCUUGAGUUUAGUCCAAUCAACUUUUUUACUAGUCGCCCUGUGUCUCAGAUAUCUUGUGGUGUUGCCCAUGUGGCUGCCCUGACCAAGGAAGGGGACGUCUUCACUUGGGGUUGUGGAGAAUUUGGUCGUCUUGGUCUUGGUAGUGAAGAUGAUCAUUUUGAGCCGCAGAAAGUCAGCAUGAGGGGAAAACAUGUUAUCAGUAGUGUGUGUGCCGGUGCAGAUGGGACAUUCCUGUUGACUGUGUCUGGGAGGGUAUUAGCAUGUGGCAGCAAUGAGUAUAACAAGCUGGGAUUCAACAAUGCUGCAGCUGGACUUGGAAAGAGGAAAGUCAAGAUCUCCUAUGACAUUCCAGUGAAGAAGACAUUUUCAACAGUUAAACCGUUAAGCCGAUAUAACAUUGUCACAGUGGCUGCCGGCUGCACACAUUCUGCUGUUAUAGACUUGUAUGGUCAUCUGAUCACAUUUGGUUCCAAUAAGUAUGGUCAGCUUGGAGUUGGUGACUGCAAGAAGAAGUCCGGUGUGAAUGUCGUUGGUGGUAUGUUGACAGGCCUAGUUGUGGAACAGGUGGCCUGUGGAGAUGGAUUCACUGUCAUAUCAACCUCAGAUAAUCAGAUCUACUCUUGGGGUAACGGAGAAAAUGGACGUCUUGGUGGCAAGCACUCUGAAAGGGGCAAAGGGCCGAAUGGUCAAUGUAUCAUGAUACCUAGACCCAUCUUUGGUGCCCUUCAUGAUGUUUCAGGCAUCUCGAGUUGCCACUGGAAUACUAUCAUAAUAGCAGAGAAAAUACUUCACCAGAAAACAAUCAGGACAAUGUCUUCUGCAUUUAAAGUUACAAGUACAGCUCUGGAUCAACUUGAUAGCGCAUUUCUUCCUGAUCCUGAUGACGGAGCCAACCUGCCCCGGAGUCUGUUGCCAAAGAAAGAUUCACCAAUUCCAAGCAUGACAGAAAGUUCAGUUCCUCCUUGGCUUAAAAUGGAAUUGGAAGAUGCUGAGUUUAUUCCAAUCAACCCCAGAGAAUCUCCAAAGCUAUCUUCAGACUCGUCAAGGCCUGAUUCAGGGGACAGCAGAACCAUGACUAGUCGUGAUGAUAAUAAAGCAUUGAGCAUCUCCAAAUUAAUGGCCAGAAUCUCAGAACUGGAGGAGGAAAAUGAGAAGCUUAAAAAUGUUGUCAAAUCUCAAGCUGAUCAGAUCGAUGCAUUACAAACAAAGAGUGAUCAUCAAACUGACCUGACUGAUCAGAUUUGGAACCUUAUAGAUCGGUGGAAAAGUGAGUGUGAAGUGACAGAGGCACCUGAUGAUAGACAACCUUUACAGAGGUCAAGAUCAAGGACACUCCCAUCCAUAGGUCACGACAUCCUUGAACUUCUAGAUUCUGCUGGAGCCAAAUUUGUCUGAUUUAAAGGGGUUAUGAUGUAAGAAAUGUUCAGUGGAUUUGUGCUAACCAAAUAGGUCUAAAACUGCUAUUUUAUUUUUAGUACAAUUCAGGAUAAUUAUCCUUAGGGAUAACUGCCCUUCUUUCCCUAACUUCUAGAUUCACCACUGCCAAUGUGUUUGUUUUGGGGCUUUGGUUAUUGUACUUUAAAAUAUUGACUUGCCUAUACCUCCAAUAAACAGGCAGGAUAGCAAAAAUAAACCAUGACCAUCAAGAAAAAGAAAACUUUUGCGUUGUUUAGGACAGAUGGGAUGCUUAUGUUAUAUCCAGGUAAGGAAAGUUGUUUUUUGGAAUCCUUUUCUGUUAAACAAAGAAGCUAUCUGUGAAUUAUAUGUGUCAAUAGAUCGUACAGAUUGUUAUCAUUGUUAAUGAUGUCUCUAAUUUAUGAAUAUAUAACAACAGUUAUGAUAUCGAUCCGUCCUGCAUUGAAAAAAUUAACAUUUUAGUGAUUUUGGUAUAUUUUUAUGAUUCUGCUGAAGAAAUUGUUCAGGAGCGGCAAAAGUGGUACCCAUUAGCAGUGAUUGCUGGUAUAAUGAUGAUGAAGAAGUGAAUAAGAUAUUAUGUAAGAUUCCGUCGAUAUUACUAUUGGCUUUCCAUUUGAUUUUCUGUCUGAUCCACAUUUUGAGUGUCUCUUCAGGACUUACUGCUUUUGUUCAAGCCAAGCGAAAGUGCUUGUAGUGCCAAAAAAUUAUGUUUUCACGUCUGAUGAACGUCCAAUCACAUGAAAAAUUGAGUGAUGUAUGAAGGCAUAGGUUGUGUCAGACCCAUCAUGAUCAAGUUACAAUGUGACCAAGGAUGUAGAGCAUCCGUGAUGUGAUGUUGUGCAGCACUUAAUUUGUCAUAUGUUCGGAAGUGUAGUAGGCCUGAAAACACUAUUUUGCAGCACUUGUGAGCAGUCAUCGACCCAAAUUUAUAAUAAACAGUUUUUCCACUUUCUAAUGUAACUUUUAGA